ACGUGACCUGGAAAUCUACAUGUUUCAAGAUUCUGCAACCACGUAGAAUAUUGUUUUCUGGCCGUGAACACGCCAACAUGAAGAAGGCGGCGCAACAUGAGAAAGAUGCCGACUUGGACAGCGAGAAUGAGGAAUACGACGAGAAUGCCGAUGAAGACUUUAAUCCCGAUGAAGUAGCCGCACAAGACGACGACAAAUCUUCGUCAUCAGAAGACGAAGAAGAUGCCAAGCAGCCCACGAAACCGAAAGGGAAAUCUGCAAAGGCGAAAAGGAAAUCCGAUGUAAUUGAAGAAGAGUUAGAUUCUGGAGAUGAAGCGACCAUACGAGAACGUCGGAAAAAGAAACGGAAGAAGGAUGAGGAUGAGGACGGGGAGGAAAGUGCUGGCGAAGGCGGAUUCAUUCGAACACGAGCACAACGAUAUGCUGAGAAAGUAGAGCAAAAGCAGAGAAGGCACGCCACUCUCGGUCAUGUCACGGUGGACGUUGACAAGCUAUGGGCAGAGUUGAAUAGCCUACCUGUGGGUAGGAUAUCUAUUUCGGACACAAAUUCAACGGAGGAUAAAUCUGCAAAGCCAGAUGGCGCAGAAGGUCGAGACAAAGAUUCGAAACCCACUCAAUCCAAGGACGAUCUCAUCACAAUUAAGAAGCGGAUUCGCUAUGCAGGAGAGGUCACUGAAGUUGAAGAGCAAGUCCCUCGAAGCUCAAAAGAGGCCCAGAAAUAUCUCGCUGAACACCCCGAGGCUGAUCCAAAUCACGCGCUUCACUCCAUCGACCCCAACGGUUUACAGCGACCAAUGAAGCGUCCAUCGAUCUUCGAGCCAAAUCCUAGUAGUCUGGUCAAGGGCGUCGCGCCGGAGAAUCUACGGCCUCGAGCGCCGAGUCGCUUCGAUGUCAAGCGCAUGGAGGAGGAGAAGAGAAAGAAGGCAUUGAAGAUGAGCACGGUACAGAAAAGUGCGCUGGAUUGGAAAGGCUUCGUCAAUCAAGAGGGCUUGCGCGACGAGCUGGACGAAUACGGGAAAAGUAAGAAGGGAUUCAUGGCACGAGAGGCUUUCCUGGAUCGCGCAGCUGGAGCACGCGAACAGGCGGCGAGGGAAGCUCGCUUGAAGCUAUGAUUGACGAAGUGAUGCAAUUGACCGCAGUCUGUUGCGGCGUUCAGGACCCGAGUGCGAAGUCCUUGUUGGUUUCUGCGAGCAUUGUGAUACCCCGGCCUUCGGCAAUACUUUUUCCACAGAAUGUGAUUUUUCCUACAGCAACAUCGAAUUUUGACGAUCAUACGUCAGGGCUGCCCGGUGAGCGAACGUGCCCUGCGAUAAUCUGUUGCGACCGUUAACUCCACUUUGAAGUUGCAAAGGACAUCCAUUUACCUGCUGCUACUCGAACUGUAGAGCACCACAUACGGUGUAUCAUCGCAACACGUGUUGAUUGUCGGGACUAAAACUUCACAUUCGCCUGUCGAUCAACAAGUGAAGGACCGCGGCUUGAUUUUUAGGCUCGGCUACUUUGUGGAUCUACAAAAUAUUGUGCAUUUGCAGAUCUUCGCACGAACAGUGAUGCACUGCUGU